AUGGUCAAGGGCCAAUCGAAGGAGACAAACCGCAUGUCGGACUGGAAUCCGGCUGUCGAUGACACUAUCAUGCAUCUGGCACGCAUCCAUGCUUUCGUCCCAUCCUCGCUGGGUGGCACUCGCCUAGCCAAUUACCAACCCCCGUUCUGGACCACCGCCGCUCUCGCCCUGCAUCCUCAGCACUCGCCCACCUCCAUCGUAACCUACGGCAGGAAGAAAUAG